CAGCCCUCCCCUUUCUAGUCACAGAUCUCCAAAUCCUCCUUCUUCUAGCAACAGACCCUCCCCCCUCUAGUUCCUCACCCUUAAUUACCUCCCCUAUCCCAUUGAAGAUGAGAAGGGAAAUCCCCCAGUCCCUCUCCCCUGUACCCCAAUCCCUCCCAUUUCCCAUCAGCAAACCUGCUGACACGCUCCUUCUUCGCUUAAGAAAUGGAAAAUCCCCCAAUAUUUUCCUUCUCAUGCCCCCAGACCCUAAAUCCCUUCCUCCCUAGCCCCCCGGAGCCCCUCCUCCUCCCGUGGGGGGCGGGGCUGGCGCAGGUUACUGCCGGCAGGGGGCGGCCAGAACCUCCAGCGCGGAACCCUGAGUCUGGAGCCCGAAGCCGGCGCGGCUAUUUCUAUCUCAUGAUCACAGUGCCCGGGCUCGGGGCUUUUCCAGCUACUUCUGCCCGGGCGGGGAGCGGACGGCGGGCGGCGGGCGGCGGGCAGAGGGCGACGCCACUGAGGCCCCCGGGAAGCCAUAUUCUGCACAGGCAGCUCCGGGCCCAGGGAGGCGGCGCGCUCCGGCCCCUGCGCUCCGGCCCCUGCGCUCCUGCCCAGCGCUCCGGCCCCCGCGCUCCGCUCCGGCCGGCGCAGUCUCGGCGCCGCGGCCUCGGCGCUCUCUGUGCCACCGGCUCCAGCCCGGUCCCCUCCCCUCCGGCUGCUGCGGGACCCCCGGCGCCCGGCAAGAUGAGCAACGUGUCCUUCCACAUCUCCAAUCUCCUGGAGAAGAUGACGUCCACGGACAAGGAUUUUAGAUUCAUGGCCACCAAUGACCUGAUGUUGGAGUUGCAGAAGGAUUCCAUUAAGCUGGAUGAGGACAGUGAGAAGAAGGUGGUGAAGAUGUUGCUAAAGCUUCUAGAAGAUAAGAAUGGAGAGGUGCAGAAUUUAGCAGUCAAAUGCCUGGGCCCGCUGGUGGGCAAGGUGAAGGAGUACCAAGUGGAGACCAUUGUGGAUACCCUCUGCACCAACAUGUUGUCUGACAAAGAGCAGCUCCGGGAUAUUUCUGGCAUGGGUCUGAAAACUGUCAUCUCUGAACUCCCACCUGCAUCCACAGGUUCUGCCAUGGCAGCCAACGUGUGUAAAAAGAUCACCUCCCAGCUCACUGGAGCUAUUGGGAAGCAGGAGGACGUGUCUGUGCAGCUGGAGGCUUUGGAUAUCUUAUCGGACAUGCUAAGCAGAUUAGGUGGGGCUCUCUUCUCUUUCCAUUCCUCCAUCCUGCACUGCCUGGUCCCACAGCUCACCAGCCCCCGCCUGGCAGUGCGCAAGCGGGCCAUUGUCGCCCUGAGCCACCUGGUCAUGACCUGCAGCACCAACCUGUUCUCGGAGCUCAUGGAGCAGCUGUUGACCGAGCUGGAGGGAGAUGCGUCCACCUCCACCACCCGUACCUACAUCCAGUGUAUUGGAGGCAUCAGCAGGCAGGCGGGCCAUCGCGUUGGUCCCCACCUACCAAGGAUCGUGCCUUUAGUGGUAAAGUUUUGUGCAGUGGAGGAUGAUGAGCUACGAGAGUACUGCUUCCAAGCCUUUGAGUCCUUUGUGAGGAGGUGUCCCAAGGAGAUGGCACCCUAUAUUCCCAGUGUGACCAACCUCUGCCUGAAGUACCUGACCCAUGACCCCAACUACAACUAUGACAGUGAUGAGGAUGAGAUGAUGGAGACAGAAGAUGGAGAUGAUGAAGAACAAGAAAGUGAUGACGAGUACAGUGACGACGAUGACAUGAGCUGGAAGGUCCGGAGGGCCGCGGCCAAGUGUGUGGCCGCCAUCAUUAGCACCCGGCAUGACCUGCUGCAGGAUUUCUACCAGGUCCUCUCUCCAGUGCUCAUCAGCAGGUUCAAGGAGCGGGAGGAGAAUGUUAAGGCCGACAUCUUCGGGGCCUACAUCUCGCUGCUGAGACAGACGCAUCCUACGCAGAGCUGGCUCCGGACCUCGGAGGUGGCUGGCAAGGAGAACAUUCCCCUCACCAUGCUGCAGAAUCAGGUGCCCCAUAUUGUCAAGGCUCUACAGAGGCAGCUCAAGGACCGGAGUAUCAAGUCUCGCCAGGGCUGCUUCAGCGUCCUCACCGAACUUGCUGGAGUCUUGCCCGGGAGCCUGGCCGAGCAUAUUCCUGCCUUAGUGCCAGGCAUCAUCUUCUCCCUGACAGACAGGACCAGCUCGUCCAACAUGCGCAUCGACACCCUGGCCUUCCUGCACGUGCUGCUGGGCACCCACCCCGCAGAGGCCUUCCACACCCACCUGCCGGCGCUGCUGCCCCCCGUGGUGGCCUGCGUGUCCGACCCCUUCUACAAGAUCACCUCGGAAGCCCUGCUAGUGACCCAGCAGCUGGUGAAGGUCCUCCGGCCCCUGGACCGGCCCCUGACCUUGGACCCCCAGCCCUACGUCCGGGAGAUCUUCACCGCCACCCUCGCGAGGCUGAAGGCGGCCGACCUGGACCAGGAGGUGAAGGAGCGUGCCAUCGCCUGCAUGGGCCACAUCAUGGCGCACCUGAGAGACUGGCUGGGCGCCGAGCUGAAGCCCACCCUGCUCAUCUUCCUGGAGCGGCUGAAGAACGAGAUCACCCGGCUGCCCACGGUCAAGGCGCUGAUCCUGGUGGCGGGGUCCCCGCUCCGCGUCGACCUGCAGCCCAUCAUUGAUGACGCGCUGCCCAUCCUGGCCUCCUUCCUGCGCAAGAACCAGCGGGCCCUGAAGCUGGCCACGCUGGCGGCCCUGGACGUGCUCGCGCGCAACUACCGCACGGCGCUGCCCCCGGCCACCAUCGAGGCCGUGCUGGCGGAGCUGCCCCCGCUCAUCGGGGAGAACGACAUGCACGUGGCGCAGGUCGCCGUGGGCUUCCUUACCACCCUGGCCCAGGCGCACCCCUCCUCCCUGGCCAAGGCCAGCGGCCCCGUGCUCGCCGAGGUCCUGCAGCUGGUCUACUCGCCGCUGCUGCAGGCCGGCGCGCUGGCCGCCAUCACGGGCUUCUUCCAGGCCCUGAUGGGCACGCAGGCCCCCCGCCUGGGCUAUGGCGAGCUGAAGAAGCAGCUCACGGGCCCCAUCUAUGGCGCGGGCCCGAGCUCGCCCCCCCUGCACAAGCAGGCCCACCACUCGGUGGCCAAGUGCCUGGCCGCCCUGGUGGGCGCCUGUCCCCAGGAGGCGGCCGGCACCGUGAGCCAGUUCCUCCGGGACGCCCAGUCACCCCGCUCCAGCGCCGGGGUCAAGGUUCUGGCCUUCCUGGCCCUGGCCGAGAUGGGCCACGUGGUGGCCGGGAUGGGGCCCCAGCGGGAGGUGAAAACGGUGCUACUGGAGGCUUUCUCAUCGCCCAGCGAGGAGGUGAGGUCGGCGGCCUCCUACGCGCUGGGCUGCGUGGGCGCCCGCAACCUGCCCGAGUACCUGCCCUUCCUGCUCGGGGAGAUCGGGGCGCAGCCCAAGAGGCAGUACCUGUUGCUGCACUCGCUGAAGGAGACCAUCGGCGCGGCCCCGGGAGAGGCCCUCAAGCCCUACGUGGACGACAUCUGGACCCUGCUCUUCAGGCACUGCGAGUGCACCGAGGAGGGGACCCGCAACGUGGUGGCCGAGUGCCUGGGCAAGCUGGCCCUGGUGAACCCCGCCCAGCUGCUGGCCCAGCUGCAGAAGCAGCUCCUCGCAGGUUCACCACAUGCCCGGAGUACCGUCGUCACUGCCAUUAAAUUCACCAUCUCGGACCAGCCCCAGCCUGUUGACGUCCUCCUGAAGGAUUGCAUCGGAGAUUUCUUAAAGACUCUUCAGGACUCAGACCUCAAUGUCCGAAGGGUGGCUCUGGCCUUAUUCAACUCUGCUGCUCACAACAAGCCCUCGCUCAUCCGGGACUUUCUGGACAACACACUUCCCCAUUUGUACAAUGAGACCAAGGUCCGAAAGGAGCUCAUCCGAGAAGUGGAGAUGGGGCCGUUCAAGCACACGGUGGACGAUGGGCUGGACGUGAGGAAGGCUGCCUUUGAAUGCAUGUACACGCUCCUGGAGAGCUGCCUGGACCGCCUGGACAUCUACGAGUAUUUAAACCACGUGGAAGACGGACUCAAAGAUCAUUACGAUAUUAGGAUGCUGACUUUCAUCAUGUUGGCCCGGCUGUCCACUCUGUGUCCCGACACUGUCCUGCAGAGGCUGGACCGCCUGGUGGAGCCACUUCGAGCCACCUGCACCUCCAAGGUAAAAGCUGGUUCAGUCAAACAAGAAUUUGAAAAGCAAGACGAACUCAAGCGCUCAGCUAUGAGAGCUGUGGCUGCCUUACUGACCAUACCGGAGGUGGAAAAGAGCCCGGUGAUGGCCGAAUUCUCUUCCCAAAUCAGAUCCAACCCUGAGAUGGCAGCUCUCUUUGAAAGCAUUCAAAAGGACUCGGCUGCCUUAUAUGCUCCAGAGUCAAUGGAUCUAAGUUAAUGGCCUCUGCUUUUGUGAUCAAGUAUAAACCCUCCAUUAGUGGGAACAGAUCCCUAAAGAGCACCCCAGUCAGAGCCAGUGCCUCCUGCGACCUGGGGCCUGCCCACUUGUCAUUUCUCUUGGCCUCCAUCAGGAAGUUCCGUGCCCAGAAUGGUGCUAUCUCCAAUCUGAGGGCCCAGAGACUAAAGGGUUGAGCAGAAUGCUGAGCAACAACCAAGCCCUUUCAGUUCUGUGACAUUUGAGAUUACACAAGGGCUAGGUUUUUGUCUUUAUAUAAAAAUGAGGGUUUUUAGAAUUUCUAUAUUGCACAUUAUCUGAAAUGUUCCCAUGUUCUACUUUCAGAGACUCAGUGGAUGUCUGAGUGAAAGACACUGUGAAGAAAACACAAGCUUAGUAUUUAAGGGAAUUUCCACAUGGAGUCCCUUUCCCUUUAUUGCUUGAAAAUUUUUAGUUUAUUAUUCAAUUGAGUAAAUAUAGCAUUCUCUUAAAAAAAAAAAAUCAAAUAUGCCUCUGGUAAAGUUAGAUCCUUGUCUGUCAUUUACUGUUGUGUAUGAAUUGGUUUUAAAAACCUCAGUUUUCUUCACCUAAAAUAACCCAUUAUUUCCUUAGAUUCUAAUAGUACCAAUUACAUAGAGGUGAUCACUAAAUAUAAGAGAAUUUUGAAUAGAGUAGACAUCUUAAGGAGGAAAAUAAUUUUGAAAUCUCUCCAUGAAAUCACUUUCCCAACCCCAACUAGGGAAUAAAUAGUUCACUUUAAAGGUGAUUUCCUUAUUUAAGGGGUUAGUCUCCUAAUCCUAAACAGAAGUACUUACAAAUGAGACUAGUAGCAAACUUUGAGGCAGUACUUAAGGAUUUAAAGUUCAGGGCCGAAAGAGGGGGAGAGUAGGAUGUCAACACUUUGGACUUCAAGUAUUUGCAAUCAGUGGCUAGACUAGGGCCUGAACCUCAUGGAUAUUGAUGAAGGGAUCCUGGGAAAUUACUUCAACCUCCCUAUCAGUGUCAUCUUAAAGCACCUUGUGUUGUCACAAUUACUGUCCCCAAAACUCCCUUAUAAACUGCAAUGUUUCUAAGAAGCUGUAUGCAGGUUAUUUAUCACCUCAAAACAGAAUCUUAAUUGAUAAGCUUUAGUUUCCAUGACAAGCUUUCUAUGGGCAGAACUGUGACAAGCCAUGAAGCUUGUCGGACAGAGUCAGGGGUCCCUUUUUUUGUGGCCCACUCUACUAGUUUAAUAUUUACUUAAUUUGGGAUGUUGGGUUUCUAUUCUGUUUGACAAAGACAAUAAAUAAAUAAAAGGUAAAAUAUAUGCUUCUAUUGCCGUUUCUCUCCAAA